AUGCUGAAUCAAUGCUAUCUUGAUUCGGAGGAGUUUACUGGCAACGAUGGAUACCGGGAGCCUGAUGGCCUGUAUGGUGAUGGUGCCGUGGCUCACGGCGCAGACCGCGGGUACCUCGAGGUCAACAACCAAUGGCGGCGUGGCGAUAUGGGCUACCUUCCCGUUGCACCCACCCAGGGUGACGCUGUCGAUGCGCAAGCGCUGUAUGACCGGGCCGGUGCGGGUGGCGCCGUGGGCAUGUAUGCACAGCGUCAUCCUGAAGCGGCCUACGACAACCCCCGUGCACUCUUGGCCGACAUUCGUGGCGAGCAAACUGAGUUUGUCAACCCGGCCUUUGAGGCGCCGUAUGACGUGGCGACUCGCUCGUCAGAUCCGGGAUAUCGUCAAGUCGCCGAUUUGCUCAAGAACAAGAAGAAAGCCAAGUCGCAAUAUCAACAUGUGGAUGCGUUGCCUUCCAUCCCCUCAGAGAUGUUGUCACAUCCGGACCGUCGUGCCGUGGUCGAGGUGAUGAACGAGUACGAUCAAGUGCGCCGCUCUGUGCGGGGCCGCCCAUCGGUGCAUGGUGGAAACCUCUAUGGCGAUCACGCCGUUGAGGAUGACGAAGAGGGUCUCUACGCCGAGACAGGCUACGCGAGCGUGCCAAAAUGGGUCGCGCGAGAUGCCGAUUUGCCUCGGGUUGACCUGGAUGAAGUGCAAUACCAUGCUGCCGAGGGCGGUCAGGAACCCAUCCCCAUUGCUUCCUUUGAACAUGCCAAUCUCAAGCUGAAACGCGCCAAUCAGCUGCUCAACAUCAAGAUGUUUGAGGGCUCAACCGCGCGGACUGCAAGUCAGCGGGUCAUGGUGGCCGAAACGGAACAGCUGACCUACCAAGGUGCAGCAGAAAGCAACGGUCUGCUCCAGCCGCGCUACCUCUUGGCCCGUCGCAGCGCUGACGGCAAGACCUUGGACCUCUACGACGCCCGUGUUUUCCGUUUGCAACCGGUUCUCAAGGAUUCGGAAAGUGAAAAGAAUACCAGGACGCUGGACUCGGGCGAGCGGGUAAUGCAAGCCCGUGCCGAUCUGACAGAAACGUUUGGAGGCAAGAAGAAAAAGGCUCAGCUACAUGCCUUGGAACGCAACAAGUUCGUGUUUGGCCACCCCACAUUCCAGCCGUGCUUUGUCACAGCAAGCUUGACUCUUACUCAUUGCUUGCCAUGCAUGGGCUUAUUCCCGCACGCGCCCACACACAGAAUCGAUAGCAAAGCAUUGGCUGCUGUGGGAGGUGUCAUGUACGAAGCACUAUCCAAGCCCAUGGAUAUCGAUUCCGACCCUGCCAAGCAAGACCAAGACCGCUUCCGCCCGGUGCCCCAAUAUGACCCUGCUGCCACCGUACCAGCUGACGUGUAUCCACUCAAACAUUUGAUCUCGCAUGCCGAUGCCUCGGCUGUGGCCGAGUUGUGCAAGCCCUUCACCGCGGCUGAUGAACAGACCGUGGCCAAGUGGAAGGCCACCAACAAAUUCUCGCCGUUGGUUUUUGACGGCCUGGACCUUCUCGUGACCAAGAGUGGGAGUGCCAAAAAGAUGCUGGCUCGCGUUUUGCAAUACCUGGUUGAGUUGCUCAAGUUUUACAACUAUGUUCGAACACAUCGCAAGAUUGUGGCCAUUGAAGUGAAGGAAGAGCUGCAGAGCGUGCCGCCUGCUAUUAUUGACUCGUUUAUGGACAAAUUUGUCUUCAGCGAUAGCACGGGCCAGACGCCUUCAGUCCGUGAGAAUGGGGCCAACUUGUCCAAGCGUAACAUGCAUUUGCUGAUUCACCAUCUCCUUGUAUUGGCAUUCCACGCUCGUGGUUUCUCAAAGCUGAGCAGCGCACGCGUUGCCGAAGCCCUGUCCAUGGCCCCUGCCACAGCGGUGACACACCUCAAGGCCAUUGGAUGCAAAUGCAGCGCCGUCAAGGCGACCCCUCAAACUGCCGCAUACCAUGUGGCCGAGCUGGUGGCACCGCUCCAGUUCCCCAAGGUCAAGCGAGGCCCGCCCAAGGCACCAAAAGUGGAUGAAGCUGAGGUCCAGGCUCAGUUUGAUGCCUACCUGUCCACCUUUGAUGUGGCCUCCGUGCUGACCAAGGAGAGCAAGGAGGCCCAGGAUGCAGUUGCCGAACAGCUCGCAAAAUUUGAUUCUUUCUGGAAAUUGGCUGCGCUUCGUUCUCGUGACUACGAUCUGGAGCUGGCAGCCAAAGUGCUGACCAACUACAUCAAAUGGCGCAAGGACUUCCGAGUUGAUGAGAUCACCGUUGACAACAAUGCCGAAUUCCGGGCCCUGAUCGAAAUGAACAGCGUCGUGCUGGCAGGCAACCAUGCCAAAGAAGGCUCCCUGGCCAUCGUGGUACGCCCCCGACGCAACGAUCUCACCCGAUUCACUCCUGAGGACAUUCUGCGCGCCAUGCACCUCGCCGUUGAGUACGGCCUGCGCCGUUUCCCCGAGGUGGCGCAAAGCAAGGGCUUUGCUGUGAUUAUGGACGUGACAAAUGCUUCGUCAUCUCAACUGGACCGCCGGAUUCCGCAAAACUUGGGGCCAGCUGUCUCAUACGCCUGGCCCAUCAAGAUUUCGGCCAUUUACGUCGUGAGCAUGCCCUUCUUUUUUCGCAUGAUUUUUCCCAUUGUCAAGAUGUUUUUUGAGGAGCGCCUGCGCAACAUGAUCACUGUUCUGCCUGGUGGCCCAGAUCAACUGAGCCAAUACUUUGACCUUGACCAGCUUGAGGAGGACCAGGGUGGCUCCUAUCAGUUCGAUGCCGAGGACUACAUUGCAUACAUCUCAAAAAUGCAAGCCGCGUCCGAUGCUCCCAACGAGGCAGAGUAGAGGCAGAGGGGCCACACCCGAGUGUGUUCUGCGCCUGAUGCGACACCCCGAUUUUUUAGAAGCGUCUUCCAUGUAGUCCUUCCGCUUUUAUGUCCAGCUGGCCUGCAUACUGAUCCGUGCGUGCUAUGAAGAGAACUCGUACCAAUCGACAAACAGGCAUGCCGCGAGUGCCAGUCCCGCAGUAAAACUUGCCCUAGCUGUCAAUUCAAAGUUGUUGUUUC